CAUUCACCAGCAGACAUGGUCAAAGCUAUUAGGGUUCAUGAAUUCGGUGGCCCUGAGGUGUUAAAAUGGGAAGAUGUGGAAAUAGGGGAGCCAAAGGACGGUGAAAUUCGUGUGAAAAACAAGGCUAUUGGACUGAACUUCAUUGAUGUCUACUUCCGCAAAGGGGUUUAUAAGGCUUCCACAAUCCCAUUCACCCCAGGUGGGGAGGCUUGUGGUGUUGUGACCGCAGUAGGUCCCGGGCUAACUGGCAGGCAAGUCGGUGAUAUUGUUGCUUACGCCGGGGCUCCAAUGGGCUCUUAUGCUGAAGAGCAGAUCCUUCCUGCCGACAAAGUUGUGCCGGUUCCUGAAUCCAUUGGUCCUGUUAUUGCUGCGUCUAUAAUGCUUAAGGGCAUGACGACUCAGUAUCUACUCCGUCGUUCCUUCAAGGUUGAACGCGGACACACAAUUCUUGUCCACGCAGCGGCGGGGGGAGUUGGAUCACUAUUAUGCCAAUGGGCUAAUGCUCUUGGAGCCACUGUCAUUGGAACUGUCUCUACAAAAGAGAAAGCCGCUCAAGCCAAGGAUGAUGGAGCUCACCAUGUCAUAAUUUACGGGGAAGAGGAUUUUGUUGCCCGCGUUAAUGAGAUUACAUCAGGCAACGGGGUUGAUGUCGUCUAUGAUUCUGUAGGGAAGGAUACCUUUCAGGGAUCGUUGGCAUGCUUAAAACUCCGUGGAUACAUGGUGAGUUUUGGACAGUCAUCAGGGGCACCAGAUCCAGUACCAUUAUCAGCUCUUGCGGCAAAAUCACUGUUCUUAACGAGGCCAAGUCUCAUGCACUACAAUGCAACUCGAGAUGAACUACUGGCGGCCGCUGGAGAGGUCUUUGCCAGUGUUGCAACAGGUGUUUUGCAGGUUCGAGUAAAUCACACAUACCCUCUGUCUCAGGCAGCUCGGGCACAUGCAGACCUAGAGGGUCGUAAAACAACCGGUUCUGUUGUUCUUAUACCCUAAUUCUGAUUUGUCGUUGUUGUAAAUAGUUGGUUGUUCAUUUCAAAAGGCGUCAGUGAGUAUGUAUACCUUGGAAAGUUCUGCACCUGUUUUGGUUUAGCUAUUCCAUGUAUGUAAUUGUAAUCAAAAUUGAAAAAAAUCGUGGCAUGUCUACUUCUUCCUAGUUAUUCCACGUGAGAUUUUUUGGCCCGUUACAUCGCCACCUUUCGCCAAACGACAAUCGUGAUUAUGAAUGAACAGAUU